AGCAGAAAGUCGCUACCACCACCGUUUUGCAGAUGGGAUAUCUCAAAGACAGCGUCCACCUCGACCUCGUCGCUUUGAGUGUUGGUAAUUAAGUUGCACACCUGCUGAUUUUUCUGCAUAAUCCAUUUUGUCACAAAGUUACCAAAACAGAUAUGGAUGGCGAAGGGCCAAGCCCCAAAAAUGAGGUCGCGCAGAGGAGAGCGGCGGCGGCUCAGCUCCAACAGGAUAUCAGACUGAGCCUUGGACAGACACAAAGCUUGCCAGACAUGCUCAUGUCUGCGCCGUUGGCUAUUAACCUGCUUGGGAACAUCAAAUUGCUUGCUUUCACAGACCAUGCCCUACGCAUACGGUUGACCGAGCCUCAUAAGGGAUUUCAACAUCUCCGCUAUCCAAGUCUAUCGAGCGGCAUGGUACAGAUAGUCGAUCUUGCAUCCGAUGCCUUCAACUGUGCUAGCAGAAAUAUGACGGCAAUCAGGUUGCAGACCAAUGUCAUGUUUGGCACGAGUGGCCAUGUUCAAGCAAUCAUGAUGUCCCUACAGAACCCUAAGCUGGCCAAAGCGACGCUAAUGGGCAAUAUGAAGAAGUUCGAAGGUGAAAUGCACUGUUGUGCCCAAAGGACCCGAGAGAUUGAAUCUGCUUUCGACAAAAUGAUUAGUUGCGCAAGGGAAUUGAACGAAGCCAUGGCGAACGAUUUGACCAACGCAAAAAAGGAGCAAGACCUUAUAGAGUUCGACAUACGGAAAGCGAAAGCAGAGAAGGAGAUAAAACAACAAGCUGUAGAUGUUCUACGGAGUCGAGCUGAAGAAUCCCGGAAAGAAAUGGAACAAGCCCGAGAGAUCUUUCAGAAAACGGCAAAGAAAGGAGAAUGGUCCGCUCUUGCACUUGGAGCUGUCUCAGAUAUUCAAGGCGCCGCCACAGGCAUCCUCCAUGCCGCGAUCGGUAUCGUGAAGGAGACGCCAAAGCUGGCAACAGAGGUUGUACGAACGGCUGGCCACACAUUUGGUCAUGUUGUUGGCAAAGGACACGUAAACAUCACAUACGCUGAGAACAAUGGGUCAGCCACACCGACGCCGAAGAAAGAAUUCGACGUUGGCAUCGACCCUGCACUUCUAGCUGCAGAGCAGAUAGAGGGACAAUUGCUCCGCCUCCAGGACCUUCUGCGGGAAGAUCUGGUUAGCAUACUCCAGGACGGAGGAUCCGAUAUCAUAGCAUGCUCGAAACAACUCCGAACUCUGAAGAAUGGCUUGAGAGACUUCAAAAGUAGGCACACCGUUAAUGCAAACAGUAUCCUUGAAGGUGGAAUCGACAUAAUGUCGGCAAUCAUGAAAGACAAAGAUUCAGUCGAUUCACAGACUAGAGCGAGUCCGGAGUGGCAGGCUAAAGUGCAGCGCUGGCAAAACACUUUGAACACUCUGCUUGUUAGUACGAUCAAACUAAGAUCGUUCGCAGCAGCUCGACCAGGCCAAGGCUUCGGUAGUACACUGGAUCAGCCUCUUGUUGACCUCGGCUCCAAGAACUCGGGUUACACCAAAGUUUUGAAGGCUCGUCACGAGAAGCUGCUCAUAAUGAGAACUGCGAUGAAGGAUGCCCAAGAGAAUCUCGCGAGAUCAACAGAAAUGCAACUUGCGGCCCAGGCUAAAGUGAUCGAGUUUGUAAGAGUGAUGGACGACUUGGAUAACAAAACUGUGACGAUCGAUCAGACAAAGAGCAUCCUUCGACAAUCCAUUGACUCCAUGACCAGCAUGCAGGACCAAAUCAAGACGCUUGCUGGCUUUUUCGAAAUGCUGGCAGAUAUCAUCUCCAUCGUAGGCGCCUCCCAAGCACAACAGUUCCUGGACACGAUUAGAGCCGGUGUAACUGAGAGCGCCGAUAGUAUCGAGAUGGGAUUCCAUCAAUCUCAGAUCAACAUGAUUCGCGAAACUAUGCUGACACUCCGAGGACAUUUCAGUUUUGUAAUCACAUCGGCUGAUCUUUACCAAAAGAUUGCAACAAACCACAUCAAUCCAUGCCUACGCAUGGCGGCGCUACUGCCCUUGAGCGCUAGUGUAGCCGAACAAAGCGAUGCAAAGAGAAAAUUGCGAGAGGCAACAGACGAAAGUGCUGAAGCCAUCAAGGCACUUGCAGAAGAAGAGAUGAACAAGUAUCACCAGCAGCUUCAGACUCGAUGUAAUGAAAUAGAAGCGGAUAUUGGGGAGUUACCACAGCUAGAGGAUGAACUGGGAACAAUCUCUGCCAUUACGAUUGGUGUAAAGGAGGCUAGCGAGGAGAUUAUUGGUGAGGUCGCCGAGAAGUGUGAGAUGGAUUUGGAGAUUGUGGAUGAUUUGUAGACUUGUGCAACGACAGAACAUAUUCGUGUAUGCAUUAACAUGUCCAAUGGUACUUGUGGAAGCUUCUGCGAGUUUCGAAAUCAUUACCUUUCGCGAUGUGUACAGAAACAUUCGACAUGUGAGCACACGCAGGCCAUAAGAGCUCCCGCUACUCUAUCGCUUCCGCCCGGAGCGAAAGCCAAAUUUACACUCAC